UAUAUAUGCAAAAGUAAUACGUGGGUCUUCACAUUUUAAGGCCGGGCCGGCCCUGCCUUGCCCUACCCAUUUUACAGGCCUACCCAAACACCUCUAAAUGAAAUGAGAAGAACUGAACUCCCUCCGAUCCUCUCUUUGCCUUUUCUCUCUUCAUCUCACUCCAAUCCUUCACGUCUCUCAUGGCCUCCACCACCCCAGAAAAGUACGCCUACUCCGUCUGGGCCCUCCCACCGGACGACGUGGCCCCAAGGCUCAACAAGCUCAUGGAGGGCCUCCGUUCCGAGUUCACCGGGCUCUACUUCGACCCCCACAUCACCGUCGUUGGGGCCAUCAGCUUGACCCCUGAAGACGCCCUCAAUAAGUUUAAGACGGCCGCGCAGGCGGUGAAGGCCUACGAGGCCAAAGUCACGAGGGUUGCCACCGGAACUUGUGUGUUUCUCCUCGUCGAUCCCACUCCUCAGGUGAUGGAAGCUAGUGCCAGCUGCUGUGGGCAUUUUGGUUACAAUAGGUCAACUCCUUAUAUGCCGCAUCUGAGUAUCCUUUACGCAGAUCUCAGCGAAGAAGAUAAGAAAAAAGCUCAAGAGAAAGCCAGCAUUCUGGAUGAGAGCAUUACUAGUCUGAGAUUCCUUGUUACUCGCCUUGCACUGUACAAAACCGACCCUGAAGAUAAAACUCUCAAAUCUUGGGAGAAAAUUGCUGAGUGCACACUCCAACCAAAUUAGGUUUCUCAAGUCUUGAUGUUUGUUUUCCACUUGUAAUGAAACCCUGUCCGAAUGGCCCUGCAGCUCAUAUGUGUAAGUUGAAGUUUUAAUGUAAUGUCAAAGACACUAAGUUGUCACUAACAGCUAGCUGAUAUUUUUGCCAGCUAGACUUGUUUUGUAUUUCUGCUAUUUCUGUGAGGAGUGUUUUGGCCACCUGAAUAUUGUUACCAUCUGUUUCUUACUUCUGUAGAUUUAGUUUCUGAUAGAAUAUGACAGGAAUUUCAAGCAUGUAAUGCAAAUUACUAUUCAAACUGUG